GCGUACUUCCUCUACUGCUUCUUCUUGAUAUAGCCCCGCCCAUCUACCCGAAGCCGGAGCCGAUUGGCUCCCUCUGGAAAAAUCUGUGGGCGGGGUAAAGGUAAGCGGGCACAGGCGCUGUGAAAUUCUCAGAGCCCAUUAGGCCCCGCCCAUUCCCUCCGAGUCGGUGAGGAGGGGAAAAGAAGGCGCAGGCGCAACUGCCCUCCCAGGGCCCCAGCGGAAUCCACGCCCUCCCCUAAGUCUUAAAGGGCUAGAGGCAGCACUUACUGCUUGGGCCCUUCCUCACUUUUGGGGGGCGGGGUGCGCACGCGCAGUGGGGGAGCUCUGGGGUGGGGGUAGCGGUCGAGUAUCAAGUUGCUUUCUGUCCUGGCAGAGGAAACCAGAUCGCUCAGGGUCCAGUCGCCAGCUUGCCUCCCGCUAUAUCCAUUGGAAGAGAAAAGUUUGUGACUUGAGCCCCCAAGUUUUGAGAGAACUGGGCUUUAGGUGCGGGGGCACAGAGGAGGCUCGUGGGGAGCGUUCCUCAUGGAGCCUACCCAGCCUGCAGAGGACCUCAUCCUGACCCAGCUGCCCCCUGCCUCAGAACUUGGGGACCCUGAAGACCCGGGAGAGGAGGCCGCAGAUGGCUCAGACACUGUGGUCCUCAGUCUCUUCCCCUGCACCCCCGAGCCUGUGAAUCCCGAACCGGAUGCCAGUGUUUCCUCUCCACAGGCAGGCAACUCCCUGAAGCACUCUACCACUCUCACCAACCGGCAGCGGGGGAACGAGGUGUCAGCUCUGCCGGCCACCCUAGACUCCCUGUCCAUCCACCAGCUCGCGGCGCAGGGGGAGCUCGACCAGCUGAAGGAGCAUUUGCGGAAAGGUGACAACCUCGUCAACAAGCCAGACGAGCGCGGCUUCACUCCCCUCAUCUGGGCCUCGGCCUUUGGAGAGAUUGAGACCGUUCGCUUCCUGCUGGAGUGGGGUGCCGACCCCCACAUCCUGGCCAAAGAGCGAGAGAGCGCCCUGUCGUUGGCCAGCACUGGCGGCUAUACAGACAUUGUGGGGCUGUUGCUGGAGCGUGACGUGGACAUCAACAUCUAUGACUGGAAUGGAGGGACGCCGCUGCUGUACGCCGUGCGUGGGAACCACGUGAAAUGCGUUGAGGCCUUGCUGGCCCGAGGUGCUGACCUCACCACCGAAGCCGACUCUGGCUACACCCCGAUGGACCUUGCCGUGGCCCUGGGAUACCGGAAAGUACAACAGGUGAUCGAGAACCACAUCCUCAAGCUCUUCCAGAGCAACCUGGUGCCCGCUGAACCUGAGUGAAGGCCGCCCGCUGGGGACUCAGACACUCAGGGAACAAAACAGUUGGCCAGAGCUGGGGAAACCUAGAACUGGCUUCAAAGGCAGCUCCUGGACAGGUGGUGGGAGGGGACUCUUCCCAAGAGGAACCAAUAAACCUUCUGUGCAGAA